AUGGAGCUUGACCAACGGACAGACCGCAGCAUCUAUUCUGUGGUGCUCCAGGCGCUGAUCCGGCCGUUCAAGCCACACCUCGUGGCUCCGAAGGGCACAUUCGCGGCCGGAUCACCCAGGCUUGAACACGACAAGAGAAUCAUGGGCGGCGUGACGGUGGUGGAGCGGCGGCAGGAGGACAUAUGGCUCUACGAUAUGGUCACUCACGACAAGAACGGCGACGAUGACGACAACAAGAACAAGAAGCCGGCUACGAAGAGGAAACGCAUGUACUACAUAGCGGGAGGAGGCUGGCAGAGCCCGCCGUCCGGGCAGCACUGGAAGUUCUGCGCCGAGGUGGCGCGCAGGGUGCCCGGGCUGGUGGUCACGAUAGUCAGCGCGCCUCUCGCGCCGGCGUCGCCAGCGGCCACAACGCUCCCCGCGCUGAGAAGACUCUUUGCCUCGUUUCCAAGUCAGGGCAGCGGUAGAGACGAUGGGGAACAGGUCAUUCUCGCGGGGGACUCGUCCGGGGCGAACAUUGUACUCUCCCUGGCGCUCGACGGUCUGAGCAAGAGCAAGCGGGAGGAGGAUGGCGCGGGCACAAGGCAGCCAAUGUCGCUCCUCAUCAUCUCGCCGGCGGUGGACCUCAGGCCCAUGGGGGCGGGGGCGGGCGAGACUCGGGCGCUCGCGCGCAGGGACCCGGUGCUCACGGUGGGCUCGCACAACGGCGAGGCGGCGGCGUGGGCGCAGGGGGUGGACAGGAGCGAGGGUUGUAUCUCACCGGCGGUGGCGGACGUGGGCGUGCUCGCGACGGCGGGCGUGAGGCUGGUCGGGGUGACGGGCGGGCACGACAUUCUCACGCCCGCAGCGCUGGGGUUCCGAGACGCGUGUGCCGGCGGGGGCGUGGCCGGGGCGUGGCUGCACUGGGAGGGACAGAUGCACUGCUUCCCGCUGGCGUUUAUGUACGGGUUGCCCGAGGCUGUGAGGGCCAAAGACUGGGUUGUUGAGCAGAUCAGGGGUCUGUGA